AUGAGUUCGUGCAAUAUCCCAAUUAUCGUCCUUCCCGGGACUGCAUCUCCAGCUGAUAUUAAGAGAUCCAUCGGUAUGAACAGGAGGACUGUAGCAAAAUCCGAUGGGAGGAAGAACAAAGGCAAGAGCAGAAAGAGCUUCGCUGACUUCAAUCUGGCUUCCUUGCCAUACAAACUGUUGUUCGUCUUUGGUGUUAUCAUUGUGUUGUUACAGAACGACACCAACUGUUCCAGGUUAGAGGUUAGCAGAAAUGGCAGAUCCUUAGGUGAGUACUUCAAUGAAGAUUGCUUUGACUGCGAUGCAAGAAGAAAAGAAGACAGCAGAUGGCAAGAGGAGGAGGAGGACGUGUAUAACCCAAGAAUAAGAGGUGCUAACCAAGGCAACUAUGAUGAGAGAGACACCGAAUAUCGAUGUGAUCCAGAUGAUAGGAAUUCUUGUAGUAGAUUUAAAACUGGAGCUGAGUGCGCUGAUGAAAGGGAUGAUGCUACGCAUCACGUUACAUCAUCUCCCGACAAAACUGAUGAUGAUAACACUAGUAGGGAUGACGACAACAAGGUUGUUUCAAAUUCUGAAGUACGAGAUAACGAUCGCAGUAAUCCCCUGUCCACCAUAGAAUCACCUGAUAAUGCAGACGCUGAACGCAGGGAUGAUAAGAAUGAUGUGAUUAAUAUGGAUAAGACACAUGAGGACAAACAUGACAGGCGGGAUAGAGAUGACGGGCGCGAUAGAGAUGACAGGCGCGAUAGAGAUGAUAUGAGAAGAAGAGGUAGAUAUGACGAUUAUUAUGUCAUCGGUGAUUAUGAAGAAUAUUAUAACAGACGCUUUGGGGAUGAUGGUCGUGAAAUACAGUACCCACGUAGUGAAAGAUCAUUUGAUGAUGAAUUCUAUAGAAGAGGUGCAAGGGGAUGUGAUGGCCGUUCAUGUCAUGAUGCAGAAACCAGAAGAAUGAUGGAUGAGGAUAUGCCAUAUCUUUCUAGUGAAAGGUUUAGAACAUGUGGUGACCGUCCAUGUCAUUAUUCUGAAACCAGAAGAAUGAUGGAUGAGGAUAUCCCAUAUCUGUCUAGUGACAGGUUCAGAAGAGGUGAUGACCGUUCAGCUCAAUAUGAAAGAUAUAAUUCCAUGAGAUAUGAAGAAGAUUUGAACCGAGACCCUAGGGAUGAAAAUCCAUUUAAUGUUUCAAGAGGUGGAAGAGAUGAUGAUCACGCAGCUCAUAACUCUUCUGCUCACAGAUGUAUGGAUGAUGGACAUGACCCAAGACAAUGCCCUAAUUCGUGUACACGUCCUGUACAAUCUGAUGACCUAUUUUAUGAUGAAGAAAGAUUAGGCCCACGGGGUGAACCAGAAAAAAUCCCAGAGGGAAGAGACGAGUCCAUGCCUGAGGGACCAGAGGAAAAUGAAGAAGGACGGGGUGAACCAGGACGAGACGGAAGACCUGAUAUGGACGAUGAGGCAUUCGACGGCAGGGAACAUUUCAUGAGGAGAUGUCCAGAUGAACGUGGAAGACAUGAAGGCAGAGACAUGCAUGGACGACCCCAGGGUGAUAAUGAGCAACUCCCAUUCGGAUGCACCCGAGCUGAAUUACAGGAGCAGAUGACUGAAGAGGAAUUAAACAGCAGAAUCAAGAACCUCAGACCGAAUGCAACUGUCAAGGAGAUGUUCGUUCUGUUCAACCAGAUACUGUCCUUCGAAAGAAAGAAGUUUGUUAAGAUGCAAGAAUAUAUUAUGCAAUACUCACAAUAUUUACAGAAGACUCUGUUCUUACCAACCCCAAUCAGAAUGAAAUACUGGUGGAGGGCACACUACAACAUGACCGACGAGUUGAUUAAGAAAGAGAGAGGAGACUUCCAAGAUUUCUAUGCAUUUGUAAGCAAGGGACCAUGCCAGAAAUGGGAUUUCCUUUACUUUGCCAAUGCCAAGAGAAAGUCGUGGGAUGAACUCAGAGAUUUAAUGAAGAGCAUAUGGAUGGAAAUCUUAACCUACAAGAUGAAGAAACACAGUAAAUUGUAG